CAGACAGCUUGGGACAGGACCUGGGCCCCACAGCCCACCAGGAUUAUUCAAAUCAGCCAACAUGGGCCCCUAGCUAACACCACCCUGCAUACUGUAUAUAAGAUAUCACCUACUCCUCCACAUUGCUGUACCCAUCCUCAGGAGGGAUCUAUUGUGUGACCUGACCAGCCUUCUCUGGAGCUGAACCAAAACUAAAUAGGAGAUCAUGGCAAGUGCAGACUGGGGAUAUGAUGGCAAAAAUGGUCCUGACCAAUGGAGCAAGCUGUAUCCCAUUGCCAAUGGAAACAACCAGUCUCCUAUUGAUAUUAAAACCAGUGAGGCUAAACAUGACAACUCUCUGAAACCUAUCAGUGUCUCCUAUAAUCCUGCAACUGCCAAAGAAAUUGUUAAUGUGGGACAUUCCUUCCAUGUAGUUUUUGAUGACAGUGGUAACCAAUCUGUUCUGAAAGGCGGCCCUCUCUCUAGUGACUAUCGGCUCACCCAGUUCCAUUUUCACUGGGGCAACUCAAACGACCAUGGGUCCGAGCACACCGUGGAUGGAGUCAAAUAUUCUGGAGAGCUUCACAUAGUUCACUGGAAUGCUGCAAAGUACUCCAGUGUUGCCGAAGCAGUCUCAAAGGCUGAUGGGAUGGCAAUCAUUGGUGCUUUUCUGAAGGUUGGUCCAGCCAACCCAAACCUGCAGAAAGUACUCGAUGCCCUAAACUCAGUUAAAACUAAGGGAAAACGAGCUCCAUUCACAAAUUUUGACCCAUCCACUCUCCUUCCUUCAUCCCUGGAUUACUGGACUUAUUUUGGCUCUCUGACUCACCCUCCUCUUCAUGAAAGUGUGACCUGGUUCAUCCUUAAGGAGAGCAUCACUGUCAGCCCUGAGCAGCUGCAACAACUCCGCAGUAUCCUGUCAAGUGCAGAUGGAGAGGCGGAUGUUCCUAUUCUGAGCAACCACCGUCCAACCCAGCCCCUGAAGGGCAGAACAGUGACAGCUUCAUUUUGAGACCCAGCAAGGAGUGAGUUCAAGAUCAAGAUCGGGCCCCUCUUCAGCUAUGACCCAGUAAAGUAAUCGCUUUCAAGAAACAAGAUUAUUUCAGUGCUAGCAACACAGCAUACCUGCAAGUUUAAUCCAUAGAACUAAAAUCCAUUUGCUUUGAUUCUUUAUGCUUAAUGCAAAUUAAUUCAUAAGCUUGCCAUUUGCAAUCUUUGAGUAUGUACCUGUGCUUAAAUCCACCUUCUUUUUGUGGAAUGCUUCAUAGUAUAAUUACAUUAAGAGAUUCGUUCCCUUGCCAAUCUCUCCAUUUUAAUUGAACCAAUAAAAUGGCUUUAUCUCCUC